CCCUUCCUGAUUUUGCCUUUCAGACGGAUCCCCAGCACUGAGCAGCAAUGCCAUCGGCCAUGGAGGGCCCGGAGGCGGGAGAAGACGCGGAUGUCUCGCGCUACGAGGAGACAGAAGACAACAAUGUCAGCCCCACAGACCUGUCAGAGCUGCUGAAGGAGGGCACUAAGGAAUCCCACGACCGUGCCGAGAACACCCAGUUUGUCAAGGACUUCCUGAAAGGACGGAUCAGGAAGGAGCUCUUCAAGCUGGCCACAGUGGCCCUGCACUUCACCUACUCUGCCCUGGAGGAGGAGAUGGAUCGCAACAAGGACAACCCGGUCUUUGCUCCUCUCUAUUUCCCUGUGGAGCUUCACCGGAGGGAAGCACUGGCUAAAGACCUUAAAUAUUUCUAUGGAGAAGACUGGAAAGAGAAGAUCCAGUGUUCAGAGGCAACUCAGCAAUAUGUGGACAGAAUCCAUCAUGUGGGACAGCACGAGCCAGAGCUGCUGGUGGCUCACGCUUACACCCGCUACAUGGGGGACCUCUCAGGUGGCCAGGUGCUGAAGAAGGUGGCCCAGAGGGCCCUAAAGUUGCCCAGUACUGGGGAAGGGAUCCAGUUCUACGUGUUUGAGAACGUUUCCAAUGCACAGCAGUUCAAGCAGCUUUACAGAGCAAGGAUGAAUGCUCUGGACUUGGACAAGAACACCAAGGAAAGGAUCGUGGAAGAGGCCAACAGAGCCUUCAGAUUUAACAUGCAGGUGUUUGACGAGCUGGACAAGAUCGGCAGGUCGCUGCCAGAAGAAGCCCAAGACGGAGGGUUUCCAGUGCACGACGGAAAAGGAGACAUCCGCAAAUGCCCCUACUACGCAGACAAACUGGGCACGGCAGGGCCCGGCUGCCCCUUCCACGCCGCGGUGGGUCUGGCCAGGCAGCCCCUCGUGCAGCUGGUGCUGGCAGCCUGCGUGGCAGUGGCAGCAGGAGCUGCAGCCUGGUACAUCCUGUGACUGGCACGGCGUGGGGGCAAGGAGAGAGACGUGCCCUGUCCGUUUUCAGACCCUUCCCUUGCUGGUGGUGAGUUGGCUGCAGAGUUGGAGUGAGGAAGUAAACGGGAAUCCUGCGGGACUGUCC